UCACGGUCCCGCCCCUGAUUAUCUCCCUAGUCGGUCAGAGGGGAGGCCUCUUUACAUCUUGCUACAUCUAAAAACUUUACCACUCUCCACAUAUUUUGUGGCUUUCUCUAGUGUUACAAUGGAGCCUUCGGUAAGUACUCCAAGCAACCACACCCUGAACGCAACUGGUGAUGGCUGUCCCUGGGAGGUCAGUGACAAGACCAGACUGUGCCGCUUCCUCUGCUAUGGCUCGGAGGGAGACUUGUACACUGCCAGAGCGGAGGGCCAUGUCAGCAUGGAGAGCGCCGGAGCUCUGCUAUCCCUGCUGCAGGAGAGCCGAGGUGUCGAGGUGGUGGAGGAGAUAAAACGGUUCGCUCGGGAUGGGAGAGCUGUCCGACUCGGUCCCUCCUAUUUUGCCUUGGCUUUGUGCUCCCAGCACUCGGAGCUAAAGACCAGACAGGCAGCGUUUAAAGCCCUGAAGGAAGUUUGUCAGGACCCUGCCCACCUGUUUUCUUUCAUAAACAACAAGAAGGAACUGAAAGAGGGGAUGAAGUGUGGUAUUUGGGGACGUGCCCUGAGGAGAGCAGUAUCUGAUUGGUACAAUGAGCAAGACGCCAUGACUCUGGCAGUGGCUGUGACCAAGUGUAAACAGAGAGAGGGAUGGUCACACCAGGAUCUGCUUAGGCUCUCACACACUAAACCAGCUAAUGAAGCAAUUGCCUUGAUCUGCAAAUAUAUAACAAAAGGAUGGAAAGAAGUCCAGCUUGCUUACGCUGACAAACAGAACUCAGACGAGGUUGUCAAAGUGCUUUCGUAUCUUGAAGUGGUGGAGAAGGUCAAGCACAGUUGUGAUGAAACGGAGGUCAUCAAUUUAAUAGAGGAACACAAACUGGAGAAGGAACAGCUGCUGACAGACCAUCUGAAGUCCAAACAGGUAUGGAGAGCUUUGUUAAAGGAAAUGCCUCUCCAUUCAGUGCUAAAGAUCUUGGGUAAGAUGACAUCCAAAACAAUUCUUGAACCAGGAAGUUCAGAAACACAAGCUGUGUGUGACAGAAUCCAGAGCACGACAGCCCUGGCGAAGGCAAAGAUCCACCCUUUCAACAUACUUUUGUUUUCUGAAAACUACAAAAGAGGCCAAGGCUAUCAGGGUAAAACAAAAUGGGAACCAGUCAGCAGCAUCCUCCAAGCAAUGGACUCUGCCUUUUACAAGAGUUUUAUGAAUGUGGAGCCUCUGGGUAAACGCAUCGUAGUGGCAGUAGACGUGAGCACAUCACUAAGCAGCAUUGUACCAGGGACGUCGAUCAGCACUGCUGUUGCCGCUGCAGCUAUUACUAUGAUUUUUGCGAGGACAGAGGCAGACACACAUGUGCUGGCCUACUCCGAAGGAGCUUUAGUUCCAUGCUCUGUCUGUGCUGACAUGACUCUGGCACAAGCAACAUUUGAGCUGGUUAAGAUCCCCGGUGGCAACACAGACUGCACCCUUCCCAUCACAUGGGCCACAGAGAAUGGGAAAGCUGUAGAUGUGUUCAUCAUUCUGACAAACAACCCGUUGUGUACGUUCACUGCGAGCCCAGUGGAGUCUCUGAAGAAGCACAGACAAAAAUCCGGAGCCAAUUCCAAAUUGGUGAUGUGUGGGCUGACUUCCAUUGGACACGCCAUAGCAGACACAGAAGACAGGGGUUUACUGAGCAUCUGUGGCUUCGACCUUGGAGCUUUGACCGUUAUUCGUGACUUGGCCCAGGAUCUGAUCUGAUAAAGAAAUGGAAUUGUCUCUAAAUCGUCUUGUUGGAGCAUAAAAGGAAGCAUGUAGCGUGCCCUAAAAACCCAAAAGAUUUUGGUAAUUACAAUUCCUAAUUCUCUUUUUGUGUUUUGUCGCUUACAAGUCGAUAGAAAAAAUUGUCCAGCGGGCUGGAAAACACUCAGCAAAUUUUAUGUGCAUAUAUAUAUUUUUCAGAAUUUUGAAAAUGAAUUGAUAAGCUAUGACAUGUUAUUGCAUGUCAUACUAUCAAGAGUGUAAGUGCAAACGGCACUCUGUAUGUUAAGUGCUUUGAUGGUUCUUGGUGAGACACUAACUCAUUGAACAAUGAAUCCACUCAUUUAUAGCAAGCUGUUGUUAGAUUAAAUAAGAGGAACAGUGUAAGAGUCAAAAUGUUUGCGGCUUAGUGCAACUGUAGGUUUAUUUCAUGGUGAUUCACUACUGUUUCUAGAAUGUAUGGUAUGAUUUGAGCAGAUUUGAUAUGUUUAAAUUUAAAAGCCUGUCCCUCCAUAUUAUAUAGCAUCAUUACAAAUAAUUACUUGCGUACUGUAAAAGAGAGAAGUUGAAAACUAAAGCACCACAAGUUGAAAUGUAUUCCAUUGACUUAUUUGGUCAGAAAAUGUUUGUUUUUUAAAG